AUGGUCUCCUUCGAGACUCUCCUCUUGGCAGUGGUUGGAGCGGCCACGGCCAGCCCCAUCGCGUUGCCAUUUGACCCAGCCGAGGUGACAGCUCGCCAUGCACGCGGAGAGAAUGUCACAGAGUUCCUGCUUGCUCGUGGCGGCACACCGAGCUCGACUGGCUGGCACGGCGGAUACUUCUACUCGUUCUGGACAGACGGCGGUGGCGAGGUAUACUACUGGAAUGGCGACAACGGUAACUACGGCGUCAAUUGGUACAACUGUGGCAACUUUGUUGGCGGCAAGGGCUGGAAACCGGGAGCCGCGCGCAUCAUCAACUACAGUGGCACCUUCAAUCCCUCGGGCAACGGGUACCUCGCCAUUUACGGUUGGACAACUAACCCGCUAGUGGAGUACUACAUUGUUGAGAACUUCGGCACGUACGAUCCUUCAUCUCAGGCGCAAAACCUGGGCACCUUCUAUGUUGACGGCAGCAACUACAAGAUUGCCAAGUCGACGCGGUAUAACCAGCCGUCCAUCGUUGGCACGGCCACGUUCGACCAGUACUGGUCGGUACGCCAAAACAAGCGAAGCAGCGGCAGCGUUAACGUUGGCGCGCACUUCCAGGCUUGGGCGCAGCGUGGGCUCAAUCUGGGAAACCAUGACUACCAGAUUGUCGCGACGGAGGGAUACCAGAGUUCAGGGUCGGCAUCGAUUACAGUCUGGUAA